UUCUAGUGAUUCUACCCUAGUGAUUCUGCACGUCUAUUCCUCUCCUGUGGGGCCUCGUCUGGAGUAUUGUGUCCAGUUCUCAAGUGUGACAGUGCCAUGCUCCCAGCAGCCAACAGCUGUCCCCCGGACGAGGAGCCCCUGAUCGAGGAGCCCUUGGUGAACACACGCAACCGGCAAAGGCCAAGCGACCGUUUACAUGGAGCCUACAUUAUUUUUUUCCUCCUGGGCAUCGGGUCCCUGCUGCCCUGGAAUUUUUUCGUCACGGCAAAACACUACUGGAUGUACAAGCUGCAAAACUGCUCGGAUGAGGCAGGCCAGUCAGGACAGGCAGCGUCCGAUCUGCGGGACUUUUUUGAGAGUUACAUCUCCAUUGCCUCGACAGUGCCCUCAGUGCUGUGCCUGGUCGGAAACUUCUUGCUCGUCAACAAGGUGCCUGCCAGUGUCCGGGUCCUGUCCUCCCUCUUCAUCAUGCUGGCCGUCUUCCUGGUGAUCACAGUGCUGGUGAAGGUCGACACCUCCACCUGGACCACUCGCUUCUUUGCCCUUACUAUUGUCUGUGUGGUCAUUGUCAGCAGCGCCUCGACCAUCUUCACCAGCAGCAUCUUCGGUCUCAGCAGCCGCUUCCCCAUGAAGAACUUGCAGGCACUGAUCUCAGGUCAGGCCAUGGGCGGUACAAUCAGUGCUGUCGCCUCUUUGAUAGACCUGGCAGCAGCGGCCAACGUUACAGAUAGCGCCCUGGCCUACUUCCUCACCGCCGACAUCUUCAUCGUCAUCUGCAUCAUGGUGUACCUCCUCCUUCCCAGGCUGGAGUACUCCAGGUAUUACAUGAGCAGCCAGAAGGAGAGCCCAUCUUUGGUCACCGUGCUGCCUGGGAGCUCCAUGGAGUCCGAGGCAGAGCCAGGAGACAGCACAAAUGCCUCCUUCCUUGUAAAAAGCACCAACAUUCCCCCGCUCUGCCCCAUCCUGCAGAAGACCGCUCUCCUUGGCUUCUGUCUCUUCUAUGUCUUCUUCAUCUCCAUCAUCAUCUUCCCUUCUCUCUCCUCCAACAUUGAGUCGGUCAGUAAGUCCUCGGGAAGCCCGUGGAACACCAAGUACUUUGCACCACUCACCAGUUUCCUCCUGUACAACUUCGCUGACUGGUGUGGGAGGCAGAUCACUGCCUGGAUCCAGGUGCCUGGCCCCAAGAGCAAGCUUCUACCCGUCCUUGUCCUCCUCAGGACCAUCUUCCUCCCUCUCUUUAUCCUCAGCAAUUACCAACCCCGGGCUCACAUCUGGACGGUGGUCUUCAACAGAGACAUCUACCCAGUGGUCUUCACAGCGCUGCUGGGGCUCAGCAAUGGUUACCUGGGGACGCUGGUCAUUGUCUACGGCCCCAAGAUUGUGCCAAAAGAGCUCGCUGAGGCAGCGGGGGUGGUGAUGACGUUUUACCUCAUGCUGGGGCUGGCUGUAGGGUCCGCCUGCUCUGUUCUUGUUGUCCACCUUGUGUAGGGGAGCAGCCGGGGGAUGCCCUUGUUUUACGGUGCUGCUGUCAGGUAUUUAGAUUGUGGUUUUUUUUCCCCCAAAAAGCCAGACACGCUGCAGUUUUGGGGCAGGCUGCCUGUUUUGGGGGGUGAUUGCCUCCAGGGAGAAAGUCCUCCCUCUAGGAACACUGUCCCCUGUGUGAGGGCAGACCUGUGUUACUCCAUGACUUGACUAGAGCAAAGGGACCAAACAAGCCUUGUCCUCCCCAGGGAGCUCAGGGAAGCACUGGAGGCACAGGGAAACCUGUCCCUCACCCCAAAAAGCUGAUGAGCAAGGAGGGGUUUGCUGGUGCCGCUGCGCUGGUUUUAAACUGAAACCAGGGCUUUUGACAGCACCUAGGCGUUUGCUGCCUCGUUGUUACGAGUUUAGCUCUGCAGUGUUUUGAUGGUCUUGGAGGAAUCUCAUCAUGCUGAGAUUCUGGCCUUGAGUUGAAGAGGGUCUGAGCCCUGAAGCAUCUUCAAGUAAGCUUCAGGAGUCAAUAGCAGCUGUGGCAGGGAGCAGGGCACUCUUUUGGGGGGUUCAUACGUUCAUCCCAUGAAGAAGCAUAUAUAAGGGAAAUGCCUCCACUUAGACCUCUGCUUACUUUUAUUUUUUUCAGAUAAAAAUGAAUUGAGGGAUCAUCCACCUCCCAGCAUGGUGCUACUAGUGCAGGUUGUUUAUGUUAGUGCCAACCUGAGACCAUUUCUUCUGUGCCUUUAUUCUCUGUUGAGAAAAGCCUAUAAAAGUCAGAGAACUGUUAGAGUGGCUCUUAUGUGAUGUUCACAGCAGAAAGCUGAUCAAUUUAGGUAGAGAGGCGGCAUAUGGUCUCCAGAUGCUCUCAGAGGGGUGAGGUUCUGUAGCGCCCUGUAAAGAUAGCCCACCCAAAGGGGUCUGGCUUUUAAAGUCACUUUAACUUCCAUGUGUAGAUAGAGCCUGGACUAAAUACAAUUACUGUAUUUAUUUUCUCAAAUUGUGUGAAUUUGUGGUCUAGGAGAGGUGAACUGGUAAGCGAGUAUGUAAUGGCACAACUUGGCAUUGCAGCUGAUGCCCCAGGGGUGCUAUCUGUGGAAAAUACUUCCUUUAAGACUGGGCUGUUAGUGAAUGCUCUCUGAGAAAUCUCCUACUUGAUCGAGUAGUGGUGAAGCUGCUGGUCUGGGUUGCCAGGCAGUCUCCUUGCUGUGCUGGAUGUGGUGGGUAGUGAGAGGGAGGAUGUGGGACUGGUGCCUUGCUGCCCUGGCUUCUCUGGAAGAGUGGCACAUUGAUAACCACAGGAUGACACAUAGGCUUAGAGGGUGUUGUUUUUUUUAAUAUAAGACCUUUCCAGUGUUUAGUUUGGGCUCAUUGGCAAUACCCACUCAGUUUUGCUUUACGGCUGGUUUUAUUUAAACAUAAAAUCCAGACACGAGUAGAGAAUUUACAGGGCGAGCAGUACCAUGGAGCGGCUUUAUUACACCCAACUUCGCCUGUGUGGACUCUCAGUCCUGUCACUUCAGUAGGCUUGUAGACCUUAGCCUUCAACCCUUGGCAAGGGGCUACUGUGGCCAGCAUUGACCAAGGUGAAGGUCCACUUCAACAUGAAGGUCUAGUUCAGCUUGAAGGGCAGUCCGGUGGCUGAGUGUAGCGAUGACAGCUGGCUGGGUGCUGCUCACAAGGGUAAGUGGUCCAAUCACCUCUGUGGACACUGGAGUACCGCAUAGGGUGAUGUGCUAGUCAGUUGUGACUGAGAAGCUCAAGCCAACCUCAUGUUGGCAACCAAAACAUCCUUUCUGGCCUUCAGUGCUUCCCACUUGAGAGCCUGCUAUGUGUCCUGCGCUCCUCAACUCAUACGUUCUCCUGCGGGCCCAGGUAUGAUGAGAUUCUGCUGGUUUGCCGACUGCUUUGCACCUCUACUGAUCCUCCUCCUCAUAUUACAGACCAAAUACCUCUUGAGACAGAACUGAAUUCUCUGGUACCAUUGCUA